AUGAAGAUUUUUGCAUGGAGGGUGUGUCAAGAGAAGCUUCCAACCUACUUGAAUCUGAAUAAGAAACAUGUACUGGAAGAUGCAACCUGUGUGCUAUUUAACCAAGGUAUGGAAGAUGCUGCUCAUGCUUUGUAUUUUUGUUCUGAAGUGAGGAAUAUGUGGGGGGAUUUUUGCUCUCAAAUGGAUAACAUGCAAUCUGAUUUGUCUUUUUGGGAUCUGGAAAAUUUGGCCCGAGAUAGAGGUUCAGAUUCUUUGUUGGCCAGAUUUGUAGCUAUUAUGUGGGGUCUUUGGUAUAGAAUGAAUAAACGGAUUUAUGAGAAUAUUUCUAUGCAUAUUAAUGUGAUUGUUAAUAAUGCUCUUUCUUUACAACAAGAAUAUGCUCAAGUGCAGCUUUUUGAUGUUUCAAAUCAGAAGAUUAAUAAGGUGGUAAGAUGGCAUCCUCCUCCUUUGGAUUUUCUGAAAUUGAAUAUUGAUGGGACCACUUUUCCUGAUCAUUCUGUUGCUGGGAUUGGAGUGGUGUUGAGGGACCAUAAUGGUGUGGUUGUAGUGGCUUGUAGUAAGGUUGAGAAAGAGGUCUCCUCUGCUGAGUUCAUUGAGGCAAUUGUUCUUCUUAGAGGUCUACAGCUGUGUGUUCAAUGA